ACUGACCAGGAGGCCCCAUGGAGAGCCGGCCUGUGCGGCGUGGGGCCCCACGGGGCGCCCUGACAGCCCCCUGGCUCCUGGGCUUGCUGCUGUCCCCCUGGACCCUGCUGCUCACAGGAGGGCAGUCGGUGACCCACACUGGGCUCCCCAUUAUGGUCACACUGGCCAAGAAGGCCGUGUCCUUCAACUGCAGUAUCACCUACCCGUACACAGAAAAAUACAAAAACUUCGUAGUCAGCUACUUUUAUGUGGACCGCCAGGGCCAGAAGAGAGAGGGGCAGAAGACCAGCUGCCAACCCCGCAUGGGCACAGAGAACCAGACCCUCACCACGAAGUGCAAGAUCUCCCCAAAGCUGCCUGACACAUCAGCCACCGGCACCUACUACUGCUCCGUCAAGUGGAGUUCGCAGUCCACUAUGAACGGCAACGGCACCUUCAUCCUGGUCAGAGACACAGGCUACCGAGAAUCCUCAGGGGUCCCCCAGAUGAUCCUGUUCUGUUGCUUUAUCGGCCUGCUGAGUGUCCUGAGCAUCCUGGGCACGGCUCUGCUGCUCUGGAAGAAGAAGCAGAUGAAGGGUUCACAGAAACACCCAGCCCGGAAGGGCGCAUCUCCAGCUGCGGCUCCGGGCCCGGCUCCAAGCCCGGCCAAACCGGAGCAGCCUCCGGCCGAAUCCCUCUACAUGGCCCUGCAGCGCCAGGAGACCGAGGUCUACGCCUGCAUGCAGCCCGAGACCAGCAGACCGCCCUUCGGCAGGAGCCUUCUCCCCAAGGAAAAUCCACAUAGAUUUGAGAAUGACGGAGAAUUUAACCUGGUCUAUGAAAAUCUCUAGGACAGCUCCGCCUGCCCAUAGGCCUUGCCCUGGAUCAGAAGCUCUGGGGCAGCCCCUCCAUCCAAAGGACUUGAUCUGGAGCAAGAGUGAGGCUCCGGGGCACCCCCUCCCUCACCCCCACAUUGCAGGCCUUCCUGCCUUGGCCUGCCCCGCCCCCACUCUGCACCCUUGCACACCCGCCCAGUGUUUCCCAUCUCUAGGCCUUUGUCCAAGUUGUUCCCUCAGCGAGGCGGGCCCUUGUCAGUAUCCAAGGGCUCUCGUGCGCCCCCGGCCAUUCCCAGAGCCCUCCUCGCCCCCUCGAGACAUAUAGGCUCUCUUGGCACCUGCCUGUGCCAUGGCCUGCAAGGCGACUGGGAGCUCCUCAGGAGAGACCUGGCAAGGGACCCUUGUCAGUGCUGUAUGCACACCAAGUGGGUGAAUAAAGGAGCAACUCUGCA